GGACUUAUCUUACAAUAAUUUAAGUGGAUCGGUCCCAUCAUGUCUAGUAGAAAAUGGAGACUUAAGGGUACUGAAGUUGACAGAAAAUCAUUUCCAUGGGAUAUUGCCUGAAAAUAUUAGAGAAGGAUAAAUUUGAAACACUAGAUUUGAAUGGAAAUCAAAUUGAAGGUAAACUACCUAGAUCACUAUCAAAUUGUCGUGACCUAGAGCUCAUUGAUGUUGGUAACAAUCAAAUGGCCGAUUCUUUUCCAUCAUGGUUAGGUGUUCUUCCACAGCUCCAAGUUCUUGUCUUAAGAUCAAACCAAUUCAAUGGCACAAUAAGAGAUAAUAAAGGUGAUAAUCAUAGCAGAAAUCAUUUCUCAUGUUUGCAAAUACUUGAUUUGUCCUCCAACAAUUUUUCUGGAUAUCUUCCAACAGGAUGGUUUAAUGAACUGAAAGCAAUGAUGACAGAUGUCAAUGACGAGGGACAAGUUAUAGGGCAUCAAACAAACUUGCCAAAUGGAUUUUAUCGAGAUAUUGUCACCGUCACAUUUAAAGGGUUUGGCCUUACUUUCAGCAAAAUCCUUACCACUUUCAAAGUGAUUGAUUUCUCAAACAACUCAUUUUAUGGUCCUGUUCCGGAGUCAAUUGGAAGGCUUGUUUCACUGCAUGGACUUAACAUGUCACAUAACAACUUUACAGGGGAAAUUCCGUCCGAUUUUGGAAACUUGUCUCAGCUAGAGUCAUUGGAACUAUCUUGGAACCGGAUCUCAGGGAAGAUACCAAAAGAGUUAGCCUCUCUUACCUCUCUUGAAUGGUUGAAUCUUUCAUACAACAACUUGUCCGGAAGAAUUCCGCAUGGGAACCAGUUCUUGACAUUUUCUAACAGCUCAUUAAAAGGGAAUGGUGGCCUCUGUGGACUUCCACUCUCCAAACAAUGUGGAUCUCCAGGUUCAAAUGCAGUGGCUCCUCCUGAAUCCAACAGUUUGUGGCAGGACAAACUUGGUAUCAUCCUCCUGUUUGCUUUUGUUGGCCUCGGGUUUGGAGUGGGCUUCGCAUUGUCAUGCAUGUUACGAUUGUUCUGCCACCAAGAAGGAUGA